GAGAGACAGAGAGAGAGAGAAUGAGGGUGAGACAGUAAGACAGUGAGGCAGAGGAAACGGUGGAGGAGGAGGUGAGACUGACAGAGUGAGACUGGAAGAACAGAUUUACUUACUUAUAACUCGAGAACGAAAGCAAACAUACAAACAAUACUGACACAGAAAGUGAGGACUGUGGAACGGUGAUCAUUUAACACACACACCAGAUGGAGAUUGUGCCAUUCCGGUCUCAGAGACACUGAUGCUCUCUGGGCUAGAGGGCAGUGCAAUGGCAAUUGCAGCCCUGUUCCGGGGCAAAUGGGGUCAGAAGGGACACGGUCUCAGUACAAAAGCUGCCCCAACAGCCUCUCUUCCCAAUCACCGUGAUGAUGAGGAUGACGAUGAUGAAGAGCAGUUGAACACACAAGCACCAAUCAGACGCAACUCUCGUUUUUAUCGUUCCAUGAGGAAGAAAAGACACGCACAAGGUCACACCCAGGAACAAAAUGGCUCCUCCCACUCACCCAGAGCACCACGUGACUCCAGUAGGACCAGACCUGCAAUCAGAUCUCCACUAACACACACACCCCGCUCUUCAUCGCCUCCACGUUAUGGAGAAGCGUUGCCAGGCAACGAGAGCAGCAGAGAGGGCGGAGCUUCCCCUCGGUUGGCGUUAGAGACGGGAGAUUGGCGGCUCAGAGGAGAGAUGGAGGAACUGAGCACACACACGAGUCGAGCCUGCAGCAUGCAGGACAACACAAACACUCACACACACCACACUGUCAACGCACACAAUAACACAAACAGGAUGGUCACGAGCGGAGAGACGGCGCGUGAGAACUUCAGCUACAGCUUGAACAUUAUGAAGAAUGUUGAGUUCCUGUAUCAGGAGUAUCGGGAUACUUCAGAACAGCAGGAAAUUGAACAGAGGAGGCAAAGAGAUGCACUUCCUGAACAAAGCCUGGAGGUGGAGUCAGGAGUCACCACAGGGUCAGGGGUUACAGCAGGGUCUGGAGUCACAGCCCCUGCACUGCAGUUACAGCUGCGUAACUCGUCUCGCUCUCUGACCCUAUGGCAAAAUCUCGAGGCCGUGCAGGAGAGCGGCCUUUUACACACACUCACUCAACGAGAGGUCAUACUGCAGGAGGCUAUGUUUGAGUUGGUUACGUCUGAGGCGUCGUAUUAUAAAAGUCUGGAACUUUUGGAAUCUCAUUUUCUGCAGAACCAACUGCUCAUUAACACUCUCAGCCAAUCAGACAUGCAUUUCCUGUUCUCCAACAUCGCUGAGGUCAUGAAAGCCAGCGAGAGGUUUCUGAUGGAUCUGGAACAUCGGAUCGAGGAGUCACUGCAGAUCUCUGAUGUCUGUGACAUCGUUUAUCAUCAUGCCGUUAGCCAUUUCGACGUCUUCAUCAGUUAUGUUAUUAACCAGGUUUAUCAGGAGAAGAACUACAGACGCAUCCUACAGGAGAAUCCUGUUUUCAGGGAGAACAUGGCCAUUCUGGAGAAUCAGCCAAAAGUCAGAGGUCUGUCAUUCACCUCGUUCCUGAUUCUUCCAUUCCAGCGAAUCACACGACUCAAACUUCUAGUGCAGAACAUUCUGAAGAAGGUGGAAGAGAACUCCGAGAGAGAAAGGAACGCUAUAAAGGCUCACCAAGAGCUUGAGAGGAUUGUGAAGGAGUGUAAUGAAGGUGUGAAGAAGAUGAGUCGUACAGAGGAGCUGAUUAGCAUUGAGAAAACUCUGGAGUUCAAAUCGAAGUCAGUGCCAGUGAUAUCUCACUCUCGGUGGCUCCUAAAAAAGGGCGAGGUUCUGCAGAUGUCCGGGCCGAAAAGCACGCGCACUAUGAAAAGCCGAAAACUUUUCCAUUCCCUUUACCUGUUCCUGUUCAACAACCUGCUACUCAUUACUAAGCGCAGCUCCAGUGGGGAGAAGUUUCAGGUGUUGGACUCGUGCAGUCGCUCCAUGUUGAGGACUGAGGAUAUGGAGGAUCAGGGUCAGGUUCUGGCUUUUGCAUUUGUGCUCAAACUGCUGGAGAAUCAAGAGGAGCGACCAAUUAGCUACAUGCUAAAGACCACCAGCAUGAGUGAGAAACUGCGUUGGAUAUGUGCUCUUACCCCCAACCGCAGGACACGAUUCCUCUCAGCCAGUGCACACACAGCAGAUUCUCCCCAGGUGCAAUGUAUUCAGUCGUACUCAGCUCAGGAGCCUGAUGAGUUGUCUGUGGAGAUGGCUGACAUUCUGCUUGUACUUGAAGAAACGAAUGACGGCUGGAUGAUGGGUGAGCGUCUGCAUGAUGGAGAACGUGGUUGGUUCCCGUGCCGUGUAGUGGAGGACAUUAAAAGUUUUGAGAUUCGAGCUCAGAACCUGCGGGAGUGUGAGAGAAUCCAGCAGGCUCAGGGGGGAGGAGGAGCCUCCAGGGGGCGCUGGACCCACAAAAACACAUCUUACACACCCACCUGGACUGACCAAUCAAAGCAGGAGUUCUGAGUUAACCCCCUG